ACCUUUCUUCUCCAAACCCUCACUCCAACUACACUACCCUCUUCUCCUCUGCAACUCUUUUCCUACAUUCCUUCUUCCAAUGGCCAAAGACGUUGAGCAGGUCACGGAGCAACCCGAAUACUCCGCCAAGGACUACCACGACCCGCCUCCCACGCCGUUGUUCGACCCCGAUGAGCUCACCAAGUGGUCCUUGUACAGAGCCGCCAUAGCCGAAUUCAUAGCCACCCUCCUCUUCCUUUACAUCACUGUCUUGACCAUUAUCGGCUACAAGAGACAGACCGACCCCAAUAUCGCCGGUACCACCGAGUGCGACGGGGUAGGCAUUUUGGGCAUCGCUUGGGCCUUCGGUGGCAUGAUCUUCAUCCUCGUUUACUGCACCGCCGGCAUCUCUGGGGGCCACAUCAACCCUGCCGUGACGCUGGGGUUGUUCCUGGGGCGCAAGGUGUCGUUGGUGAGGGCGUUGCUGUACAUGGUGGCACAGUGCGCCGGCGCAAUCUGCGGUGCUGGGUUGGCGAAGGGGUUCCAAAAAUCUUACUACAACAGGUACGGUGGAGGGGCUAACUCUGUGAGCGCUGGCUACAACAAAGGCACUGCCGUGGGUGCCGAAAUCAUCGGUACCUUUGUUCUUGUCUACACCGUUUUCUCCGCCACCGAUCCUAAGAGAAACGCCAGGGACUCUCAUGUUCCUGUACUGGCACCCCUUCCCAUUGGGUUUGCCGUCUUCAUGGUUCACUUGGCUACAAUCCCUAUCACUGGAACCGGCAUUAACCCUGCAAGGAGUUUCGGACCAGCUGUGAUCUUCAACGAUGACAAAGUCUGGGACGACCAAUGGAUUUACUGGGUUGGACCGUUUGCUGGAGCUGUGGCGGCUGCAUUCUACCACCAAUACAUUCUGAGAGCUGCAGCUAUAAAGGCCCUUGGAUCCUUCAGGAGCAACGCAUAAGCUUAUCCACCCAGAUUAUGAUUUGUGCUGUCACCCAAAACAAUAACAGUGUUUCAGUUGAAGUCUGUCUACAGGUCCCUCUCUUGGAGUUCCUUUUGGCUUUUUCCCUUACCCGUGGGCUUUGGGAAAACCAGAUACCGUGGGCUCUUGAAUUUGUAGAUAAGAAUGCUUUUAUUAUCAUGUCAAGGGUGUAUUUUUAUCCCUUUUUCUUUUCUUCCAAGUAUCCCCUCUUGUAUUCACUUCUCUAUUCCAUCAUAUCAUGUCAUGCUUCAUUAUCCAA